GAACAGAUUCAAAUUUAUUUAUGCACGCCCCCCAUCAUUUUUUUUUCAGGUUUGCUCUAUAUAAAGGGUCUGGAUGAAAUGUUUCCAUCAGAAACUUCGUACGAAAGCAAGAGAGAGACCAGAGAGAGAGAGAGAGAUCUAAUUUAUUAACAGCAGCAAUAUUUAAGAAUAUAUGGACGAAGGAAAAUGAUUCUCCACAUUUUUGAAUAACUCUUUUUAGUAUCACAAACUGGCACAGAAAGUAGCAAAUACCUGUCGGAAUGAUGGCUGAAUAGCUUUAACAGCAGGCAGACAAGCAACAGGAAAUUUCAGCCAAAUUUUUGGUCCAUCGCAACGAUUCGUUGGAGACAAUGUACCGGUCCACCAAAGGAGCAUCAAAAGCUCGGAGAGAUCAAAUCAACGCGGAGAUUCGCAGCCUGAAGGAUCUUCUGCCCAUCUCGGAUGCUGACAAGGCUCGGCUUUCAUACCUUCACGUUAUGUCCCUUGCCUGCAUGUACACGAGAAAGUCCGUCUUUUUCUCACAAGUGGCGGCAGGUCAGGACGUGAGCCGGAGCGCGCUGUCUUUGCCGGAACUCUCGGAGCUCGUGCACACGUUACCCGGCUUUCUGCUCGUGCUGACAAGUGAAGGAAAACUUUUGUAUCUGUCCGACAACGUCUCAGAGCACCUUGGCCAUUCAAUGGUGGAUCUCGUCGCUCAGAGUGACAGCGUGUACGACGUUAUAGACCCAUCUGACCACUUCAUAGUGAGGGGCAACCUUGUGCCUAUAACUACACCUGACACAGACCGCCUCUUUCGCUGCCGCUUCAGCACUUCAAAGUUUGUAAGGAGGCAAGGAUCAGGAAACAAACUGAUGCUUGUCAGGGCGCGCUGUCUGCCUCCUCCCUACCACGCUUCCACCUACUGGACCUCCAAUCCUGUGUGGGUGUGCUUUUGCUCUCCGCUAGAGUCCCAUAGCCCAAAUGUUUCUUCGGCCAGGAAUCCUCUCCCUACUCCACCUGCUGAGCAAUCCUUCCUGCUAUCCUGUUUCCAGUCUCGGCACAGCCGGGAUAUGAGAAUUCAUACGGCACAAGAAAGUAUAAGCAUAUACCUCGGUUAUGACAUAGAGACUCUGCGCUGUCGCUCUUGGUACAGUCUGAUUCAUCCUCGUGAUCUCUCUCAUGCCUCUGCACAGCACUGCGCCCUGCUACAUGAAGGCGGAGAGAGACAGGUGGAGAUGGUGGUCCAGGUGGAAGCAGCUGACCACUCAUGGGUCUGGCUUUAUAUUGUUCUUCACCUGGAAACUGGAGAAUAUCCAAUCAACAGCCAUAAUUAUGUCAUAAGUGAGUCCGAAGCCUGGUCGGUGCGUCAGCAGAUGUACUCAGAGCAGAACCAGCUGGCUCUCCUGUACCAGGAGGAACGUCGAUGCUCUGAUCCUCUGUCCAGCCCGGACCAAGUCUUCACACCCAGCAGCAGCGGCCUAUCAUCGCAAUCUUUUGACUUCAGCUUUACAACUUCUGGGCGGAGCUCCUCUGAGGAGUUCCCAAGUACCUCCAGCAUGACUCGUGGCCCUGACCCCCCUCAGGCAUUUUCUCAGGAAGAAGGAAGCCAUGGCAGUCACCAGAUGUGGCUUGCGGACACCUCAGAGCAGUCGUCCGUUCCUACUGAACAUCUGACCAACAUGACCCAAGCCGCUCCUCCAUUCAAAGCUCCUAAACGGCAAAACUCAGAAGAGUUUAUCUGUACACCCCCCUACACCCCUAGAAUAGGAGGGGGAAGUUUUAUUUUUGGUGAUGAGGCCUUUAAACCAGACUAUAGCGUUGUAAGUAAAAGAAGGCAGUCGGUGACCUCUGCGAAUUUUCAAGUGUCCCUAUCUGCAGGCACCGGGCAGACGAUGCCAACUCAACAUUGUCGCAAACGUCUUUAUGAGACGCUGCCACUCACUCCAGACAGCCCAGGGGGUGAUGAAUGCCUUCUCAUGGCAUUGCCAGAGAUCAGGGGACCUCUAUACAUAGACGUCCCUCAUUUUCCCUACCACGCUCCCCCCGAAGGCCUUUUAACCCCAGAGGCUUCGCCCACAAAAAAGCCCUGUUUGGAUUUCUUCUCUGAGGAAGAAAACAGUGAAAUCGAAAGAAUGGAGAUCUCUCUCCUAGCUCAGUAUAUUAGCACUUUAGCCGAAGGUUUCUGUCACAACCACCCACAAGCCAAAUGUAACCCUUCAUCAGCUCCCCCGCAUCACGCCUCUUCCCACAAUCCCGCUGCAUCCUUUGAGGGGCCAAACUCCUCCUUGGCUCACAUUGAUGUCACUACGUUUGAGGAGACAACAGUAGAUGGUAUCCCUCUUUCAGAUCCGUCAUCCACCUCCCCUGUACCUCCCUCAUCUACGCUCAUCUACGCUCAGUGCUCCCCUCCUGCCCCUAUAAACCACAGCUCUCCUCUGAAUGGUGUACACCACCUCUGUAGCGUCCAGUCGACGCACUGUAAUUGCAUGGACGGGGGUGAGCAGCUGGAAGCGGAGAGUCCUGAUGAAGAAAAGGGUUUUACUGUGAUGGACAUGGAGAUGAUGUCCAACACCGCACCAGCUCCUGCUCUCACCCCUGCUCUGCCUUGUGAACAGUCCCUCCUAGAGGAACUGGUCAACAUGGAACCUGUGUUUGGGGCAACUGCUCCAAUGACUCCUGCCAAGAGGCAACAAGAUGAGUUGUAUCAACUCCCUCAUCAAGACGGUCAACAGAUCUUCUACCAAGAUGGAACAAGUGAUCACAUGUUUUAACAUAAGUCUGUGACUUAAUUGAAGUAUGGCAUAUUGUCAUCUUUUACAAAAACUUCUUUUUCUAAAAUAAUGUAGUAGAAUUAAAUCAAAGUGUAUAAAGAAACAUAUAUAUGUUUAAAAUUCAAUAUCACGAACGUGCGUUCUAUUCAUAUUGGACUGUCACUUUGGAGACAAAUACUAUAAAGUAUAGGUUGUUAAGGCAAAAGUGCCAUUUUGUAUUCACUUAUAGUGAAGAUUGUGUUUUACAGAAAAUGUGCCCAGCUAAAGUAUUUUUGUGAUUUACUGUUUUCUACAUAAUAAUGCAUUAAUGCAAAGCACAUUCUGUAAAAAUAGAUAUUUUUAAUAUUGACAGAGUAAGAUUGAAAUUAAAGUAAAAUCAAUGAUUAAAAUCAAACUUGAGAUGAGACUUUAGCCCUGAUUUUACAGGAAGGGUCACGAAUAUAUAUUGAAAAAAACCUGUAUGUAUCGAGCCAUCGUAGAGUUCUGCGAUUAAGUAUAGAGGAUUGAUUCCUACUCUCUUUCUAUUGCUUUUUAUUGAUCUUGUUGACGACAAGUGUUUGUGUUAGUACAUGAAAAAUACUUUAAUAAAAAUAUAUUUCUCCAUGUUUUGUCCUUUCCACAUUCAAUAAACAUUUGUUGGAGAUCCAGAAAUGAUGUUACAUAAGAUUUAUCUAAUCAAUCUGUCAUAUUUUCUUAUGAAUUGUACGCUCUCUUGUUUUCCAAAUAUGUAUAUGAAAGUGAAAUAAAUGCAUCAAAGUAAAGUGCAUCAGUGUGUUUCAUUGUUUCUGCCGCCUCCAUUGUGCUCAACUCUCGCUCUCUCCUUCAUUCACUGCAUUUUUAGUUUGUCUCCAUGGUUUCCCGAGAACUGAUUGACGCAGAUGAUGAGGCGCUAUCUAUUUUUCCUGACGUAUGCUCUUGACUCACAGUAGAGACAAUCAACCUCCUACUCACACAAUACACACGCAUAUACAUCUGCUGAAUGCAUACUGUACAGCGAAUAGCCAGCCCACACUUUCCCAUUAUACCUGGAUGCUCGCGGUGCGUGAUAAUACCCUAUAUGGCCUUUCCUGCCUGCCCGACACUCUCUCCAUCUCUGCUUCCAUUUAUUCUCUUGUUGCCGGGUGGAUGAGAGAUCUUCCUUUGCAAUCUCCACCUCCGAUGCCCCUAAACUAUUGUUUCCACACCAGUUGCACCUUUUCAUUCAGUCCAGCGUCCGGAGCUGUACUGACCCUCCCACACAGUACCAAGGACCUAAUAUCCAAAAAUAUCCAACUGCACAAAUCAGUCCCCCAACGCACUCUUUGAACAAAAUGCAUGUCUCUGCCUCCUGUCCUUGUGAG